GGCAGCGGCGGGGUAGCCGCCAUGAAGCCGCCUCAAGUGCAGCGUCCGGCGGGCCAAGCCGGCGGCCGGCGCCCCGCGGCGUUGCCGGAGGAGGCGGGCGGGCUGGCGGAGGCGCUGGGCGAGUUCGAGGCGGUGCUGGAGGACUUCGCCUGCCCCGCCGGCCGGAGCCGCUUCCACUACGGCGAGCACCUGGAGCGCAUGAAGCGGCGGAGCAGCGCCAGCGUCAGCGACGGCAGCGGCCUCAGCGACUCCGAGAGUGCAGAUUCACUCUACAGGAGCAGUUUCAGCCUCAGUGAUGAAAAACUUAACUCUCCAACUGCAUCUACUCCAAGCUUGCCAUCUCCAUCAGUAACUCCUUGUAAAGCAAAACUUGGAGACACAAAAGAGUUGGAAGAAUUCAUAGCUGAUCUGGACAGGACACUAGCAAGUAUGUGAAAUGAAUCUUUGGCACCGUUUGCCUGUGGAUGUCAUCUGAGGGAUAUAUGACAUCAGUCAUGGAGAACUGCUGCCUUUGUCUGAUAACUUUGUUACCCAAGAUAUUCACCUUCUGAACACAACCUCUGUAAACUCCUACAAGUAUUUAACUGGCAAACAUCAGUGUUGUUACUUUGCAGCAGCUGGAAUCAGAUAACUUAAAUUUUCCAGCUAUAUUUUACUUUAAAAUAUAGCUUGAAUUUUAAUUUAAAGUUGCUUUUAUGAAAAUAUAUUUGUAAUUUUAUAUAGUUGAGAACUUUUAAUGCUUUUUUUCCAUUAUAAUAUAUUUUUUAUACAAAUAAACCCUGAACUGGAA